CCGAAAUCAAGAGCCGGGUGCCUAAGUCACUGAGCCACCCGGGCGCCCCAAUAAAUUCUUUCUGUUCUUGAUGAGACUUUUAGUUUUCUUCAGUUAAAUGGUUGUCGGGAGACCGUCUGCCACACCCCUCUCCCUGCCCAUCUGGCAGAGGUUCCACAUAGCCCUGGCUCUUAAUCCCUGUGCCGGCCAGGGCAGGUGGGAUUCUCACGGUGGGCAAAAUCCUCCUGAGCUCAGGACACAGCCAGAGUUCGAGGGAAACAGCCCACCGUGAGUGAGAGUCGGCCUCAGAAUUAGAGGCCGCGAGGGCAGAAAAUGGAAUUAUCAGAUGGAGACUGUGAAAUAAGUACGUUCAAAGUGUAGAAGUAAGAGAAGUGAGGAAAGAAAACGUUGAGACCAGGCGGACGAGAAGAAAGAAGCAACUGAUGGAACUUGUAGAACGAAGGGUAUAGCUGUUGAGCUCUCACACGGAGUAGGCGGACUGCUAGUUCCUAGCCACGUAAUGACACUGUGGUCCCCCGAAGACGGUUAACAACGCAGCAUUGACGCCUGUCGUGUUGAGUUCCAAAACCUUGAAGCAGUUGGACGUGGAGUACCACUGUGAACGGGGUCUGAAUGGCUGUGCAGAAAGAAGCCGGGAUUGGCCGUGUGCACCCUGCCCCUAGGCUCCUGUGGCUCCUCCUUGGCGGGAGGACUCUGCCGCGCUGGCCUUCCCUGCUUGGUGCUCCCAGCCGCUCCUAGGCUGCGGCAUUGCCCCUGAAUGGGCUUUCAUGAACACUGAUGUUUUUGCUGGGACCAAGAUAGACCCCAGUGCCUUGGUGCAGAAGCUGGACCCAGACACAAGGAGCGUUGCUUCCAUCAGGAGAGGUGCGGACACCCGGGCCAUUUUGCCCAAGAAGGAGAAACUGAAGCUGAGGCGUGAGAGGUGGCUGCAGAAGAUCGAAGCCAUAAAGCUGGCCGAGCAGAAGCGCAAGGCAGAGCGGAGACGGAGGGCCACGGUGGUGGUGGGGGACCUGCAGCCCCUGAAGGACGCCCUCCCUGAGCUGCUGGAGCUGGAGGCCGGCGGCCGGCGGCCGCGUUCUGCAGGGGUGAGGGUGAGCAGGAGGCCCCGGCCCGCCGAGUUGAGCCGCAUGAGUGCCGCGCAGAGGCUCCAGCUCCUGGAGGAAGAAAGGGCCCGGUUUCAGGAGCUGCUGGCCAGUCCGUCCUACAGGGCCAGCCCCCUGCUGGCCAUCGGGCAGCAGCUGGCCCAGCAGAUGCAGCUGCACGGCGGCGGCCAGCUCUGACCCGGUCCGGAGGCGUGCCGUGAGCCCCGAGGACCCGCCCCUGCCGUCAUCGCCUUGAACCCGGCGGCGGUGCCCGCCGUGAGGAUGAGCUGUGGCGUGACCUCGGGCAGUGGGCCUGCGGGCUUCCUUCCGAGCUGCUCUUGGGCUUUUCUGGGCUGGCCGACCGGGAUGGCACGACCUACCGCCCGGCAGGCGUCAGGAUCCCGAGACGCGGCCACGUUGUUCCGUGCUUCGGGGGCUCUUGCCGCCCUCCCGGUUCCCGGGGGCUCGGAUGGAACAUCUCCUGUCUGCUUCUCCCGUUUUGUCUCCGUGCCGCUCCCCCGGCCCUCUCCCCGCUGUGGCCCCGAGCCCAGGUUGCUCCCCUCCACCUGCUCUUGUGGUUAAGGGGAGCAGGGCCGCUGCUGUCCGUCAGGCUGGACGCGGGGCACAGGCCUGGUCCCGCCCUGCGGCAGCUGACCCGAGAGCAGGAUGGGUAUUUAUUGUGAGAAGCCUGGGGUUUGGAGGCCGGACUGUGGGAAAUCAGACUUAAACCCUUGAUUCGAGGAUGUGGAGGGGGCUGCUUUUCUGGCCAGAGGCCCCGAGCUCGUGGAUGUGCGGCUCAGAGGCCUGGGCCCCCGCGGCGGCAGCUCUGGGCCCAGGACGGGGCCUGGGUACCAGCGCCCCUCACAGGCGGGCGACAGCCUGGGCGUGCUGCCUCUGCGUCCGGGCGCCAGGCCAGUCUGGGCCCUGUGGCUGAUCUGUCCCUGACCUCUAGUGGCGUGGCCGCGGUGCUCACGACACACAGACACCUCAGCAGUGUCCGCCGAGCCUGUCCAGGAACGGAUGGCUGAAUGGAAUCGGAUCCUGGACCCCUUCUCUGCACAAGAGCACACGGUGUGGACACAUCACAGGGACGGGACACAGAAGGGACAGAUAAGACCACAGAGGCUGCAGGUGGCAGCCGAGUCCCCUCAGCCAGAGGUCAGCGUGGCCAUGUCGCCAGGACCGCCAGGCCCUAAGGGACGGUACGGUCUUGUUCUCAGCACAGAAACCAGUUCUCCAUAAGUGAGACAAGCUGUUUACAAAGCUGUAUUUGUGACAAACUCGUUUCUGCAAUAAAAUCACUGCUGGGAAAAAGAGUGGGGCACUGGCCGCCCGGGAGACGGUGCGGAUGCCUGGGCGUUUCCCCAUCA